UUUGUUGAACCACAACACAAGAACGAUGCCAAUCACUUGCACAAGAAACUUCUUCAAACGAUUCUGUGUCGAAGAAUACAAUAUGGACACAUUCAAACAGAGCAGCUUCCUCUCUGCUGAUCUCUUACCAUCUCUUGGAGCUAGAAUAAACCAAUCAACUAAGCUCCGUAAACACAUCAUCUCUCCUUUCGAUCCACGUUUCAGGGCAUGGGAGAUGUGGCUGGUCAUUCUUGUGAUUUACUCUGCUUGGAUUUGUCCUUUUGAGUUUGCCUUCAUCACCUACAAAAAAGACGCGCUUUUCAUCAUUGACAACAUUGUCAAUGGCUUCUUUGCCAUUGACAUCAUUCUCACCUUCUUUGUUGCUUAUCUUGACAGCCACUCUUAUCUUCUAGUUGACAAACCUAAGAAAAUAGCUAUAAGGUACCUUUCUACUUGGUUCGCCUUUGAUGUCUGCUCAACAGCUCCAUUCCAGUCACUGAGUCUUCUGUUCAAUUACAAUGGAAGCGAAAUAGGAUUCAGAGUUCUUAGUAUGCUAAGGCUCUGGCGUCUCAGACGAGUCAGCUCGCUAUUUGCGAGGCUUGAGAAAGAUAUCCGCUUCAACUAUUUCUGGACACGUUGCACAAAACUCAUUUCGGUCACCCUUUUUGCAGUACAUUGUGCUGGAUGUUUCAACUACCUCAUUGCAGAUCAAUAUCCUGAUCCAACAAAAACAUGGAUUGGAGCUGUGUACCCAAAUUUCAAGGAAGCAAGCGUAUGGAGUAGAUAUGUUACUGCUCUUUACUGGUCAAUUACGACAUUAACAACAACAGGAUAUGGAGACUUACAUGCUGAGAACCCCCGGGAAAUGUUGUUUUUUGUAUUUUUCAUGCUCUUCAACCUGGGUUUCACAUCUUACCUGAUUGGUAAUAUGACCAACCUUGUGGUUCACUGGACUAGCCGCACCAGAACCUUUAGGGAUACUGUUAGAGCUGCUUCAGAGUUUGCAUCAAGAAACCAACUACCACCAAACAUACAAGACCAGAUGCUAUCACAUAUUUGCUUAAAGUUUAAAACAGAGGGACUGAAACAACAAGAAACCUUGAAUGGUUUGCCGAAAGCAAUUCGGUCCAGCAUUGCAAAUUAUCUCUUCUUCCAAAUCGUUCAGGAUGUCUACCUCUUUCAAGGAGUUUCUCGCAACUUCCUAUUUCAGUUGGUUUCAGAUAUAGAUGCCGAGUAUUUCCCACCAAGAGAAGAUGUAAUUCUACAGAACGAAGCUCCAACAGACCUUUACAUCCUAGUCUCAGGAGCAGUGGAUUUUACUGUCUACGUUGGCGAAGAAGAUCAGGUUCAAGGCAAGGCAGUUGUUGGAGAUGCCUUUGGAGAGAUUGGUGUGUUAUGUUAUACACCACAACCUUUCACAGUUAGGACAACCGAACUAUCUCAGAUACUAAGGAUAAGUAAAACAUCUCUAAUGAGUGCUAUGCGAGCUCAUAACGAAGAUGGACGUAUCAUAAUGAACAACCUCUUCAUGAAAAUUGGAGGGCAACAAUCAAUAGCAAUUGAUGAUACAAAUAACCAACCAGAUGCACUUCUCCAAGAAUGGCUUGGUGGUGGUCCAAAGACAGAAGAAGGAAAUGCCAGUGAUCAAAGACAUGGACACAAAUAUUUACAACUGCAUGAUUCAGAAAAUAUCGCUUUUCAACAUACGAGCCCAACUGAAACGACUAGAGAUCGAGAACAUAAGAUAGAGAUAGAAGAAGGGGAGAAACCAGAUAAAGAAAUUGAUGGAAAAGUUUCCUCUAACGCAGAUCUUACCUCAUUUGAAUUUCAUUCACAGGAAACAUAUCCAUAUUGCAGAUCCUACAUCCCAAUCAAACAACAUGAAGCGGCAAAACCAAAAGAUAAGAGAGUUACCAUCCACUUGAAAUCACAGGGAAAAGAUUCAUCGAAGCUGAUAAUCCUACCUGCUUCCAUAGAAGAGCUGCUGAGACUUGCAGGUGACAAAUUUGGAUAUGGAAGCUUCACAAAGGUCACCAAUGCGGAAAACGCAGAAAUAGACGAUAUAUAUGUGAUUAGAGAUGGUGAUCAUUUGUAUUUUUAUAUCAAUGAGUACCAAGUCAUAGACUCCUAGCGUGACAUUAGUAACCAAUAUUGCCAUUUUCCAUUGAGUAUGUAUGUAUUUAUAUCUGCAGGCAAUGUAAUUUUUCACCAAGAAGACUCUACAUUUUACUUAACUGGACAAUGCUAAUCACCAUCAAAACAAUUUUAAUAAAAUAAAACAUUGAUCGAAA